UUGAGGGCGUGCUUCAAUAAUAAUGGUCUGAUCGAUGGGGACACCACUGAACAGCUGAAAACUAGUCUGGUGAUGAUGGAAAACUGAAUGAUUUUACUGUUUAAGAGUGACCCAAAACUGACUCCUACAGACUCUACGUAAAGACCGCUGGGACCAUUGACCCAGUUCCGUAGCGCAGUGCAUCGUUAGCCACCCCCACCUUAUCAUGGCCAUCUACAGCAAGUGGAUCGGCACCGUCAUCGACCACCACGGCCUCAAGUACCUGUGCUUCAACCACAUGGUGACCACCUACAUCCUGACCAGCCUGGUCAUGUUCCUCAUGACGCUCAUCAACCUCUCCUCCUCGCCCCGUCUGGCCUCGGUCGCCAUGUCCGCGCUCAUGUCGCUCUUCGUGGUCACCCUGUCCAUCAAGUUUGCCUACCAGAUUGCGCACAGCUUCAAGACGCAGUUUGACCUCCACUGACCGAGAGAGCACCUUCUCAAAACCCUUGGCGGUUUGUUGUUGUGUGACUCAAAGUUUGUGACGUUGCAAAACAUCGCCUCCUCCAAGGGUAGUGACUGGGCUCAAAAUCCUCUCCUACAAAACUCCUAGGAGCUUGAAACAGUACUCGGAUUCAAAUACACUUAAACCAAAAAUCAAAAGACUUGGAGCUGUUCCAUUCCUGGUAGGAAUAGUUUUAGCAUUUUGCAUUCAGCUCCAGAGUACACUCAUAUCCAAACUAAAUAAUGCAGUGCUACACUGUAAGUUUCUGAUGCGAAACAUUUGUGUACUAUGACAAAGUGAGCAAAAGCUUUCUACAGUGUGUUGUACUUGUGUUUGGAGCAGUAACAGCUUAUUUGAAUCUCACCUGCUUGCCAGCAUCAUUGUACGAUACGCAGCAGAUGUUCAAAGUUUAUUCCAUCAUCAAGCAAACUUCUACAUGACUCGUGUCAGAGCUUUUAUGAAAACCUACAUCGUGUUUGGAAAACACGAAUCUCUCUAGCUUAUCAGCAUCAGUGUUGUACAUGUAGCUCUGUAUCAAAUAUCAAAAAGUUUUACUUGCCUAGGAAAGUUCUGUGUACUAAACUUUCCAUUUCAAAGAGACAAAGUAGGCAUUGCAAAAGCCUUCUUCAGUGUUUAGAAUAUAUGCUUGUGUAAGAAGUUGAGAACUUGCCUCAAUCCUACUGGUUUGCUAACAUCUAUGGUGUCAUAUGCAGUUAAGUCUUCAAACUUUUGAGAUCACUCGCCAGCGAGGAAAGCUCCGCUUACUAUGCUUCCCACGUACUUGGAGUUGACAGAGACGACCAUCGACCACGUUGGCAUCAAGCACAUCUUCUUCAACUUCCUCUUGUCCUCCUGCAUCUCCACCAGCCUGAUCCUCUUCAUGAUCACCAUUGUCAACGCCGGCUCCCCGCGCCUGACCGUCGGUGCCAUGCUGUCGCUCAUGACCCUCCUGGUGCUGACGCUUUCGAUCGAGUGCGCCCACAACAUCAUCUUCUGGUUGCUGCUCAGUCACGAGGUGCAGGGGGUCCUGGAACACAGGAGCCCCUGAACUUUACUCGGAUUACUCGGAGAGCUACUCGUGAGUACGAGUAAAACUGACGAGUAGAGUGUUUUGAGUGUGCUGUGUGCUUCAGUUUGUUUACAAGACCGGCGUGCGGGAGUGCCUGAUUUUUACUCCAGAUACUUGUCAGAACAAGUGAAACUGACGCUUAAUACUUCUGUUUGAGUGGGCUGGAUGCUUCAGUUUGUUUACAAAGUACAAGGAUUUCUGGAGCUCAAAAGCACGUCCACUGUAAACUUAUGAACUCCCUUGCUUGAGAAAAUUUGACUUAAAAGCUCAAGUACAUGCUCACUGCUACUCACUGUGAGUCGAGGAAUGCAGGGAAACUCAACUAAAGGAUCUUUAGUCUUCGACAGUUAAGAUCAUAACUUUAGACGUCUGAUAAAUACAUCUGUACCUCAAAAGAUUUCUUAAAAAUUCAGGAUGGCAAGUUUUUCAGAUGAUGAAAUAUCCCCCAUCUCCCAGAAGAUGGUUUUCGUCGUGGACACGGACAGGCACGGCCCGCAGGACUAUCGCGACAGUCAUACGCUACCCGACACCGCGGACUGCCCCGUUUACGCCCUGGUCAUGGGCUGCUGGAACAACAUCCUCGGUCCCCACGCGAAAUACAUCUGGCUGACCGAGGGCAAGCCGAAUUUCACCCCCGAUCACGUCAGCUACCUGUCCACCCACACCCUGACCUCCUGCGAGCAGCCCCAGUCUACCAUCGACACCAAAGUCCUGAUCCUGCCGGACCGCGGGAUAGUGGUGACGGUGUUCCUCUUCAGCGGUCACGACGGCGACGAGAAGACCAUAUUUGCGCUGUCGCUGGUCAUCCCGUACGAGGAGUAUCGCUGGUAUCUGCCACUUCAUGAGCUGUGUGUGGCCAGGCUCACCACAAUGAUCAGGAGGCUGCGAGUUCUUCAGGAGAAAAACAAAGAUGAAUACAAUGACUCCGCCUUGGAAGCAUUUAGCGAAGAGGUGCCUUCCUUCAUUCGUGUCGUGACGCUCUUGAAGACUCAUGGCCUUCCUUCAAGGGUUGCGCUCACUGAUACUGUAUUUGCGCCUGGGCACAUCAAGCAGUUGGAUAAUCAGUUCACCAAAGUAGCUAUAGCUUCGCAUCUCCAGACCUGCGGCUGCUCUAUUGUCAUUGGCAACACCCCAGCAGAUGUCAAUGUUAUGAUCAGUACGCUGGCCUUAUUUCUGAGUCCAUCGGAGCGAAGAUGCUGCCUCUACUUGGACAAUGUUCCCAGAAUCUAUCAGAAGGAUGUCUUGAUACAAGGCUUCAUCAAGGACUCAAUCAACUUGGAUGACUACCUGCGUGUCAUCAUGACGAGUCAGUAUCCGACUACCCUGAUAGACAUGACGACGCUGGAAGUGAGACAGACACUGCACUACAACGAGCACGCUUACAGACGCCAUGUUUUGACAAGCCAGGAGCUGCAGAGCCUAUGGCUGGGCAGUGAUGAGCCGCUGAGGUACUCCCCAGUCGUUCACUUCUCCAAAAAGCCAGAAGCAGAAGCAAUAGUGCAAAAGUUCUGGAAAGAGAUCUAUAGGUUGAAGGAAAAGUGCAGUGUUAGGGAGACCUACGUUGAAGAAUUCCUGCGUUUGCUGGAUCGGCAGGCGGUGUCCCUCAUCAAAUAUGUGGAAGAGGAAACAAACCGAGGGACCAAGCCGAGUCGUCUGGUUCUGAAACGGCUGAAGACGGACCUUCACCUGAUACCCGAGGGUAACUUCCGCUUAGUGCUUGCCGUGGCUGAGAAGCUGAAGCCUGGUAUAUACACCAUGGUGUGCGGCAACCCUGCGCUGCCUAGGGACUCCUACAACGACCUGGUCACAUAGAGUACACAUGAUCUAGUCACGUAGAGAUGAGAACUGGUCAUAUAGUUAUGACCUCAAAGGUCACGUAGUUAAGGUCAGGUCACAUAGAGUAAUGGCCUCGUCACAUGGAGAUAUAUGACCGGGUCAUACAGAGAUAUAUGACCUGGUCAAUUAGAGAUAUGUGAAUGGGUCACAUAGAGAUAUACAAGUAUAGCCUGGUUAACUAGUUAUGACCAGCAGCUGG